AUUUUAUAUAGUAUUUUGUAUUUGCAUGGCAUUCUUGCCGUUUUUCUUAUGUACUUGCACAAUGUUAACUCAUCGGGCCGCUGUUGCCCAAUAUGUUGCAGUUGUGAAUUGCUUUGUAACAUAUUCUCCUAGUCAUCGUCCUGGCAUAUAACUGAGGCACAGUCACAAACGUGGAAAGCACACUUCGGAGAUCAGACCCUAUCCACGGAAAUCUUAAACUGGAAUUUUAUUUUUGGAAUCUUGGGAAUAAAAACAUUUUCUCUUCAAUUCGUUAUUUACAUAACGGAAUCUCACUCUUAAAACGGAAUUAAACACGGUAGCAGUGAGCAGUGGUGCGACGUAUCUCGGACAGAACAAUGAAACGGCAAGUACUGUUGUUAAUCUUCAUCUUCUGUCUCAGCUCUGUAUUCGGGCACGUCAGCUACUCAAUUCCGGAGGAAAUGGCAAAAGGCUCUUUGGUCGGUAACAUAGCACAAGAUUUAGGUUUAGAUAUCAAACGUCUUAAAUCAGGCAACGCUCGUAUUUAUACAGGAGACAGUGUUCAGUAUAUCGAGCUGAACAGAGAAAGGGGAUCAUUCCUUAUUAAAGAGAAAAUAGACCGCGAAGCACUCUGCAGACAGACAACGCCUUGCGCUUUGCAUUUUCAAAUUACCUUAGAGAACCCACUGGAAUUAUUUCCAGUUACUGUAGAAAUUACCGAUAUAAAUGACAAUUCCCCGGUAUUCCAAAAGGAGGAGAGAAGGUUUGAAAUAAGCGAGUCAGCGGUCAUCGGCUCUAAAUUCAUGCUAGAGAAAGCGAUUGACCAUGAUAUCGGACUAAAUGGUCUUCAGAGAUACACUCUCAAGCCGAGUGACAAUUUUGUGCUUAAACUCCAUACUCAAUCUGAUGGGAGCAAAAAAGUAGAAAUGAUUUUACAAAAGCCGCUGGACCGAGAGAAACAAGAACACAUUUCUUUAGUCUUGACAGCGGAGGACGGAGGAGAACCACAGAUGACUGGAACAAUGGAAAUUCAUGUUACCGUACUGGAUGCAAACGACAAUGCCCCUGUUUUUAGUAAACCAGUUUACAAAGCAAGCAUUACAGAAAACUCCGUAAUAGGGACCCUUGUAACUAAAGUCAGUGCUUCCGAUGCAGACAAAGGCUCAAAUGGAGAGGUGAUCUACGUCAUCGGGAAUAGCAUUGAUACUGUUUCGAAGUUAUUUCACAUUAAUGGUGAGGGAGAUGUGAUACUAGAUGGCCCAGUAGACUAUGAAAAAGAAAAAAUGUAUCACAUCGAUAUAGAGGCAAUUGAUCAAGGCGGACUCUCGGAUUCAAGUAAGAUAAUAAUUGAUGUAAUUGACGUGAAUGAUAAUAGCCCUAUUGUAAAUAUGAUAUCAGCGUCAGGCUCAGUACCAGAGGAUUCAGCACACAAAACAGUAAUAGCUUUAAUGAGUGUAAAUGACCCUGAUUCCGAAACCAAUGGGAAAGUCAACUGUAUGAUAAAUGAAAAUAUCCCAUUUGAAAUUAAAUGUACAUCAAAUAAUUUCUAUAGUUUAGUGACAGACAGUGAUUUAGACAGAGAGACAGCCUCUGAAUAUAAUAUAACUGUGACCUGCUCUGAUGAGGGAGUGCCCUCCCUCUCCAGCAGCGUCACUCUCACCUUACAGAUCUCUGAUGUGAAUGAUAACGCGCCUGUCUUUGAGAGGAGCUCAUAUGAGGCCUACAUUGUAGAAAACAACACACCAGGUCUCUCUAUAUUCACAGUGAAAGCCAGAGACGCUGACUGGAACCAGAAUGCCCGUGUUUCUUACAUACUGGAGGACUCCUCUGUUAACGGAGUGCCAGUCUCCUCAUAUGUGUCCGUUAGUGCUGAUAGUGGAGUCAUCCAUGCAGUGCGCUCUUUUGACUACGAGCAGAUCAAAGACUUCCACUUCCGCGUCAAAGCGCAGGAUGGAGGCUCUCCUCCACUCAGUAGCAAUGUGACUGUGAAAAUACUGAUCCAGGACCAGAACGACAACCCUCCUCAGGUUCUGUACCCAGUCCAGACUGGUGGCUCUCUGGUGGCUGAAAUGGUGCCUCGUUCAGCAGAUGUGGGCUAUCUGGUCACUAAAGUGGUGGCUGUUGAUGUGGACUCCGGACAGAAUGCCUGGCUCUCCUAUAAACUGCAGAAAGCCACAGACAGGGCGCUGUUUGAAGUGGGCUUACAGAAUGGAGAAAUAAGAACUAUCCGCCAAGUCACUGAUAAAGAUGCUGUGAAACAAAGACUGACUGUUAUAGUGGAGGACAACGGGCAGCCCUCUCGUUCAGCUACAGUCAUUGUUAACGUGGCGGUGGCGGACAGCUUCCCUGAAGUGCUGUCUGAGUUCACUGACUUUACACACGACAAGGAGUACAAUGACAACCUGACUUUUUACUUAGUGUUGGCUUUGGCUGUAGUUUCCUUCCUCUUCAUCACGUGUUUAGUGGUUAUUAUAUCAGUGAAAAUCUACAGAUGGAGACAGUCUCGCAUCCUGUAUCACUCCAAUCUCCCUGUGAUUCCAUAUUAUCCACCACGUUACUCAGACACUUUGGGGACAGGGACUCUCCAACACGUGUACAAUUACGAGGUGUGCAGGACGACUGACUCCAGAAAGAGUGACUGUAAGUUCGGCAGAGCUGGUAGUCAGAACGUGCUGAUAAUGGACCCCAGUUCUACAGGGACGAUGCAGCGGAUACAGAGUGAAAAGAACAUCCUGGAUGAACCAGACUCUCCUCUAGAGGUUAGACUGCCAUGCUUACAUUAAACACUUAAACGUUUG